AUGGAAUGUGCAAACCUGUCAAAACCAAAAGGUCUCCACAAGUUUGUGUCGUGGAUGUGGUCCAUGAUGGAGUGUCCUGGGGUUCUACUCUUGCUCCUAAUUUUGCAGUUUUUUACAGGGAACACUUCAGGGACACUUGUCUCCAGCUGUGAUUCAUGUCACGAUGAAUCCAUGUGCCUGGAGUCACGGGAAAGAGGAGACACGUUCAGUGGCCCGGUCCUCUCUUGUGUCUGUAAAGAUGGCUUUGUAGGCGAUGGUCUCACCUGCUACGACACAAAACUCUGCAGUGACUCUUCGUGCUGUAGCCAAGGUUAUCACUGGUCACCAGACAGCGGCUGUGUAGAAACUGACGAGUGCUCCCUCCCAGACCCACCGUGUGCGCCGCCUCAGGUGUGCCACAACACACCAGGCUCUUUCAUAUGUAUGGUGCCUUCCUCCACCGCCAGAUCUGGGCCCUCUCCCCAAUCUGUCCAGUUCAGGUGUGGAAACACUGUUUGCCCAACAGGCAUGGACUGCAUCAGUAAUAAUGGGGUCGCCCGCUGCGCUGACCCCUGUGAGCGCUACACUGAGCUGCACCAUGACUGGCGGUCGACAGAUAACACAUUGAAUCUGAUCCCACGCUGUGACAGAGAUGUUAACUGGCAAGGCUGGUAUCGUCUGUUUCUGAAUCAAACCAGUGCCCACGUUCCCGAGAGGUGUGUUCAGAAAAACAGGUGUGGAACACACGCUCCCCUAUGGAUAACAGAGCCUCAUCCCACACAGCCAGGAGUGAUUGUAAAUCGGAAUGUAUGUGGUCACUGGAGCUCCAGCUGUUGCUCUUUUAGUUCACACACCAUCAAUGUCAAACUCUGCAAUGGAAACUACUACGUCUACAAACUGGUGAAGCCGAGCACAUGCAAUCUUGCCUACUGUGCAGAGGUGAACAGAACAGACGUUGCAGUUCCUUUGACCACUCCUGGUCCAGGACAGAAAGGCACCUCUCAAACAGCAGCAGUGCACCACACCACAGUUUCACCAACCACACCUGAUCCAGGAUCUCAGACCCUCAGCUCUGCUUCGCUCACAUCUGGCACCCCUGGAACAACAGCAGUGGACAACAGCACAGGAGUCGAGGGACAGGUCCGCCUGGCCAAUGGAGGAAACAGCUCCUGCUCUGGCAGAGUAGAGAUCUUCCUCCGUGGACAGUGGGGGACGGUGUGUGAUGACAACUGGGACCUGGUUGAUGCUCAGGUGGUGUGCAGACAGCUGGGUUGUGGCAGGGUCCUGUCAGCACCACAAAGUGCACGUUUUGGACAGGGCAGAGGGUUCAUCUGGUUGGACGAUGUUGCUUGCUCCGGCAACGAAUCAAAGCUGGCCGAGUGCCAGCACCGAGGGAUUGGAUCUCACAACUGUGGUCACAGUGAGGAUGCUGGUGUUGUCUGUGAAGCUGCUUCACCAGUGAGGCUGGUCAACUCUGACAACCGCUGCUCUGGCAGAGUGGAGAUCUACCAUGCUGGACAGUGGGGGACAGUGUGUGACGAUUCCUGGGACCUGAACGAUGCCAAUGUGGUGUGCAAACAGCUGGGCUGUGGCAGGGGCCGUUCAGCACUGCAACAUGCUGCUUUUGGACAGGGCAGUGGACCCAUCUGGUUGGACGACGUCAUUUGUUCAGGAAGGGAACCAUCGAUAACAGACUGCAGACAUCCAGGGUUCGGGGUCCACAACUGUGGACAUCAUGAAGAUGCCAGCAUCAUCUGUGACAUUCAACCAGGACCAAACUCCACAGUUUCACCAACCACACCUGAUCCAGGAUCUCAGACCUUCACCUCUGCUUCGCUCACAUCUGGCACCUCUGGAACAGCAGCAGUGCACCACACCACAGAUUCACCAACCACACCUGAUCCAGGAUCUCAGACCUUCACCUCUGCUUCGCUCACAUCUGGCACCCCUGGAACAACAGCAGUGGACAACAGCACAGGAGUCGAGGUACAGGUCCGCCUGGCCAAUGGAGGAAACAGCUCCUGCUCUGGCAGAGUAGAGAUCUUCCUCCGUGGACAGUGGGGGACGGUGUGUGAUGACCACUGGGACCUGGUUGAUGCUCAGGUGGUGUGCAGACAGCUGGGUUGUGGCAGGGUACUGUCAGCACCACAAAGUGCACGUUUUGGACAGGGCAGAGGGCCCAUCUGGUUGGACGAUGUUGCUUGCUCUGGCAACGAAUCAAAGCUGACCGAGUGCCAGCACCGAGGGAUUGGAUCUCACAACUGUGGUCACAGUGAGGAUGCUGGUGUCGUCUGUGAAGUCCAACACCCUCCACUCCAGCCUCCUCAGCUCAUCUGUGGACGUGAUAAAAUCCAAAUAGGGCUAAAUAUGGCUGCCAUAACAUCCAUGGGUUUGAACCCACUCUCCGGAAACCUGGCAGUUCGCAACUGCUCCUGGGUCAGAAUGAAUAAUGAUGUAGUUUGGUACGAGGUGGACGCUCAGGCAGGUGCCUGUGGAAACACACUGAGGACCAACCGUACACACGCCAUCUACUCCAACAGUUUAUUUCUCUACCGAGGAAAUGUGUCCUUCUCACGUCCUGUGAGUCUUCCCUUCUCCUGUGCGUAUCCCCUCGACACAGACGCCAGCAUGAAUGUGGCUAUCAGACCAGUCCUGCCGACUGCAGGUGGCCUCUCAGGCUUAGGUAGCAGAGCUAGAGCCUCCAUGUCUCUGUUCCGCACCUCCACCUUCACUCAGCCUUAUCCAUCUGGCUUGAUCACUCUCCCUGUGGGCUCACCUCUGCAUGUGGGCGUCUCUGUAUUAGUCAGAGACCCAAGCUUUGUAGUUGUCCUGGAGAACUGCUACGCCUCUAACUCAUCAAACCCCAAUGAUACCACACGAUACUUUUUCAUCCAGAACAAGUGCCCCACUGACCGACAACAAGUGGCAGUGAUUGAGAGCGGCUCAUCCCGACAGGCUCGUUUCUCCGCCCUGUUUCUCCUGAUCCACGGUGAAUACAGUGACAUUUACCUCCACUGCAGCCUCAGCCUGUGUGACCAGAGGAGCUCCUGGCCUGCCCCAUCUUGCAGAAGGAGGACAUCUCGCUCUGUUUCCAGCUCUGCUCCUAUGAACCCCCUCACCAUUGGACCAAUCACUUGGUACAAGUCACCUGAGUGA